AUGUCAAAUCUUGAGGUUGUUAUAAGUAGCUGCAGCUCCUGUGAAGACGAGAAUGCCUGCACUUGUAACCAGCAUACGACUCCCUCUGAGAAGCUUCUGUUAGAAGACCAGAUGCGGCGUAAACUCAAGUUUUUUUUCAUGAAUCCUUGUGAAAAGUUCUGGGCUCGAGGUAGAAAACCGUGGAAACUUAGCAUACAAAUUCUAAAAAUUGUAAUGGUGACUAUUCAGCUGGUCACAUUUGGGCUAAGUAACCAGAUGGUGGUAACUUUCAAGGAAGAGAACACUAUUGCAUUCAAACACCUCUUCCUGAAAGGUUAUGUGGACGGCAUGGAUGACACAUAUGCAGUGUACACACAAAGUGACGUAUACGACCAGAUCACCUUCGCGGUGAACCAGUACUUCAAGCUACGCAACAUCUCAGUUGGGAAUCAUGCUUAUGAGAACAAGGAGACGGAGCAGUCCGCGAUGGCAAUCUGUCAGCACUUCUACAAGCAAGGAAACAUCUGUCCUGGAAAUGACACCUUUGACAUUGAUCCAAAAAUUGAAAAUGAAUGUUUCUUUGUAGAGCCAGAUGAAUCUUUUCACCUCGGAACAUUAGAAGAACAUAAACUCAAUUUAACGCUGGACUUUCACAGACUCGUAAUGGUGAAGCUGCAGUUUAAACUGAAGGCCAUUAAUCUGCAGACUAUUCGUCAUCAGGAGCUCCCUGACUGUUACAAAUUUACCCUGACGAUAACAUUUGACAACAAAGCCCAUAGUGGAAGAAUUAAGAUAAGGUUAGAUAAUGAGAUAUCCAUGAGAGAAUGUAAAAACUGGCAUGUAUCUGGAUCAAUUCAGAAGAACACUCAUUACAUGAUGAUCUUUGAUGCCUUUGUUAUUCUGAUAUGCUUGGCUUCAAUGAUCCUAUGCAUUCGAUCUGUGAUUCGAGGAUUUCAGCUUCAGCAGGAAUUUGUCAAUUUUUUCCUCCUGCAUUAUAAGAAGGGAGUUUCUGUUUCAGAUCAAAUGGAAUUCAUCAAUGGAUGGUACAUUAUGAUUAUUAUUAGUGACAUAUUGACAAUCAGUGGAUCAAUUCUGAAAAUGGAAAUACAAGCUAAGAGUCUAACAAGCUAUGACGUCUGUAGCAUACUUCUUGGGACUUCUACCAUGCUUGUGUGGCUUGGAGUCAUCCGAUACCUCGGUUUCUUUCAGAAGUAUAAUCUCCUUAUUCUGACCCUUCAGGCAGCUCUGCCCAAUGUCAUGAGGUUCUGCUGCUGUGCAGCUAUGAUUUAUUUAGGCUAUUGCUUCUGUGGAUGGAUUGUGCUGGGGCCUUACCAUGAGAAGUUUCGUUCUCUGAACACAGUCUCUGAGUGCCUUUUCUCUCUGAUAAAUGGAGACGAUAUGUUUGCCACGUUUGCAGAGAUGCACCAAAAAAGUUACUUGGUCUGGCUGUUUAGCAGAAUUUACCUCUACUCGUUCAUAAGCCUCUUUAUAUAUAUGAUUUUAAGUCUUUUCAUUGCACUGAUCACUGACACAUACGAAACAAUUAAGCAUUACCAACAAGUUGGCUUCCCAGAGACUGAACUUCAUACAUUUAUAGCAGAGUGCAAAGAUCUACCCAAUUCUGGAAAAUACAGAAUAGAAGGUGACCCUCCAGUAUCAAUAUUCUGCUGUUGUAAAAAGUAGCUGUCAGGCUGAUCUGUGCUCUAGAGGAAAAUGUGACGUGUAACUGAGUUGGGAGACUCUCUGGAUAUUUUAAGAUCAGGUGCAGCAUGUUCAAAGAGUAUUAUUUUGAGCAAAUUGAUAGCUGUAACUCAUCAAGAACUAUGUUUAUAUCUUAAAAAGCAAUAUUUAAUGUCUUUUCUGCUUUAUGUUUAUCUUUGGUGAGGGAAGCCAUUGGAUUCUUGUUCUUUCUUGUUUAUUUUGUCAUAGCUUUAGAACGUGCUCUCUGCUCCUUUUUAUUCUCACUCUUACACUCUUGCUUCUGGCUAUUCUGACUGUGUUGAUUGUGUCAUCAGUGGAAAACAUUGCCUGGUCUGACAGUGACUUUGGACAACUCACUAAUCCUGCCUGGACCAUUCUCAGGGGUCCAUCCCUGAGAGGGAGGAAAUGGUUGCUGUAUAUCCAGGAAUCACUGAAUUUUAAAAUCUUCUCUUAAAGGGCAGAAUAAGAAAGAAGCAAGCAUCACCAGCUAACAAUACAAUAUUUGCUUCUGAAGGACAACUGUUAUUUCAUGCUAUUUAUAGUUCUGGAGAGGAUCAGGUUUUUUAGUAUUCAUGUAUAAGUUUUCUCUCCUCCAGUGUUAAAGUACAGAGUUGAAAGAGUAUCCUAUACAUAUAUGAAAACUAAAGCACAUACCAAAUGUAUAUUCAAUCCCACAACGAUAAUUUUAUUAGUAGUUGCAUGCCUUUGCGAAAACUGUGAUGUACGGUGCCUAUCAUAGGCAUAUUUAGUCUCACAGAAAAGAGUAGUGUUUUGGGGUCAGGAGCUGUAGUUUCAAGGGAGAGGUUCUAUAAUUCACAUUAAAAAUGUUUUGGAAAACAAUUAUGCUCAAAAUUUAAAAAUAAGUGGAAAAUGUAUGCCUUAAAAAGACACAAAAACAAAGUCUCUACCUCCUGCAUAUUGCUGAUUGGAAGUUUCAGGAAUUUUCACAGCAUGAACCUUGUUUUGUGUACUGUUUAUUCAAAUAGAAAUGAAUUCGAUGAUGGACAAUAAAGGCUUUCUGAAAGCAAACUCCUUUUUUUUUUUUUUUAAGAAAACUGAUUUGUUAAUUUUUGAUUUUGUUUUAAGGGCUAAAUGAAGAUAGCCGAGAGAUACUGAAAUCGUUUUAUUUAACAUAAUAAUGAUCAUAAUAAUGACUCCAGGUGUUGACAUGUGAGGCUUUACAAGUAUAAGGUAUUUUUGUAGUAUUUGUUGUAGCUUUUAAAAAAGAAAAAAUCUAAACCUCUAAGUGAGUUUUUCUCUUUUUUAGCUUAGUUCUAAAAUUCGUAUCACAAUCAUUUUUAGAAUUUACUAGAAUGCAAUGUGAAUUUUGAAAUCGUUUAUCAUCCGAUACUUUCCUUUCCUUUUUGUGGGAUUUUUGGAUUAGCAAUAAUACUUUAAUGGCAAUAGGAAACCACUGAGCGAGUGUUGGACCUGGGGUUUUGCUUUGCCCUGAAGUCAUUCUGUUCCUGCUGUGGAGUUACAGCUAGUGACUUGGCCCCUUCAAGUCUCUCUCCUGAUUCUCCAAGCUUUCUGAUUGUGACAGGAGUCCCUGAUAAAUUCCAAGGCCUACUUUUUAGUAAUGAUGCCCAUGAGAGAAUAUCUCUACUAUUUCCUGAACUGUCCCCAAACCAGUACAAUGGCUUGAUCUAGCUAGGCAGGUAAAUUGUGGGCCAGUCAUUUCAGUGUUCCCCUUAUACGUAUAUAUGCACUACACAGAACGUCAAGGUUAUGGUAAGAAGAAAUAGAGAAUGGAAGUCACUUUACCUCCCAGGCUUGUAGACUUGGGGAACAAAGAGGAGAUCGGGGCUGGACUUUGUUGGUGAUGCCCAUUUGUCUGGAGGUCAGGUUCUCUGCCUUCUUCCCCCGCCAUAAUGAUUCUCAAGCUUGUGGACAGAAAAAUCACUGGGGGAUCUUGUUACAACUGUGGACGCCCAGGUAAUACCAGCAGAGAUUUCUAACGUGUCAAGUCUCGGGGAGAGCCCAGGAAUCUGCAUUUUUAGGAGGCGCACAAGGUGAAUCUGAUGCAAGUGAUUUGUGGUGGCUGCAUGGCCCAGAGCUGGACCAGGAACAGAGACAUCCCUCUGUUGGGGCUACAAAUAAGGAACUAUCCAGAAGGCUCAAAAUUCAGACUUGCCUUCUAUUUUUUGAUCACAUUAGUCAAGAGAGAAACCCCAAGGAAGGGGGUUUAUAGAUGUCAAAAUAGGUAUUUUAAGAUUUGUGUUGUCUGCUACAAUCAUUUUUAGGUAAACUUUGAUUUUGCUGAUGCUACAUUUUAUUCAAACAAUUCAGAUGGCAUUUUCUUCGAUCACUUUAAUAAAGCUUUGAAAUAUCUAA